GAAAUUUUUCGAGACGUUCCUAACGUCCAUCCGUAGUCCGUUGACAGUGUGAUAAGAGGGUAACGGUUUUCGUAACUCCAGCGUUCAGACUUCAGAUCCCAGAAAGACGAGACUGUUGAGUCUUCGGAAUAUUGUUCAGAGUUCAGCCGCUGAUCUGUGGAUCGUGGACGUGCAUAUCGACUGUCGCUUUGUCGAUAAAACUUACUCGGAACGGUCGGAAAUCGGUGUUGUACUGUUGUUAGGCUGUCGCUGUUCGUGGUACAGCUGAUCACUGUCGUUUCGGAUAGAUAAAUUAUGAAACCUCAAGAUCUGUGUGAUAUUGAUGACUUAGCUACAUCACUUGUUGUUGAUGUUUUCCUUGGAUUUAAUACCCACAAAAUGAAUAUAGAACAUAAAGAUAGGUAUAAAUGUAAAUCAGAUUUAAAACCUAUUAUUGAUGAAUUCAUAAAAAAUCAAAGUAUGAAAAAAGCUUUUGAUUCAUUUUGGAAUCGAAAGUAUAUACCUGAUCAUUUAUUUAAGGUAUCUUAUAAGAAAUUAGUCAGAGACCAUAUUGAAAGAUACAUGGGAAUGUUUUAUUUGGAUUCUGGUUUUCAAAUUGAGCCAUGUUAUAGAUAUUCUUUAGAAAAUAAAGUAGGAGCCAAAGUAAAUGCUACCAGUUAUUGGCAUAAAGAUGGAAUCAUUAAACGAUUAGUUGGUUGUGUGGCUGAGUUGACAGAAAAAGAAGAAGAUGAAAUCUUACAUAUUGGAAAGAAUGAUUUUUCAGUUAUGUAUAGCUGUCGCAAAAAGUGUGCUCAACUUUGGCUGGGCCCAGCUGCAUAUAUCAAUCACGAUUGCCAGGCCAAUUGUAAGUUUGUAGCUAAUGACAAAGGAACAGCUUGUGUUAAAGUACUCAGAGAUAUUAAACCUGGUGAUGAAAUAACAUGCUUUUAUAGUGCUAAUUUCUUUGGUGAAAAUAAUGUUAAUUGUGAAUGCUGCUCGUGUGAAAAGUUAUGUAAAGGAGCUUUUAAAACCAAUGAAGAACAACCAAAACUGGGACGAUACAACUUCAGGCAAACUCAUGGUCGAACCAAUACUUACCGGUCUCCAGAUAAAAGCAAAAAAGUUAAGGAACCAAAGACACCUAAAAAGAAAAAGAAUGUGGUUUUGGAACCAGUUACUCCUAAUAAAAAUCCUGAAGUUGAUAAGGGUGAAGCUUUGCUUGGAUCGCCAUACACAAAAAUAAUCCAAAAAACAAGAGGCUUAGAUUUAGAUCAAGCAUCAAAAUCACCAGAAAAGUAAUGUCAUUACAAUAAGGAAAUGAAACAUUAUUUUUACAAUAUUGAAUAUACAAUUAAAUAAAUCACUAAUGAAUUAUUGUAUAAUCGAUAAAUUAAAAUUAGAAAUUAAAUAUAAUUUGUACUUAUAUUUCAAUUGAAAUUUUAAGUCUUUCUAGUGCAACAGUUUUUUUUUAUAUAUAAAAUUGUUAAUAUUAUUAUAAUUGUUUAACUAUCACCGAUUGUUUUCAUUAGGCAUUUAUUGACCAGUAAUAGAAUUUUUACUAUUUGAUAAGUAAUUAGCAACCACAGAAAAUUAUGUAUCUAGCUCUCAAUUUUAAUUUUAAUAAUGAUGUAUAUAUUAUAGUUAUUUGACGACUGUUUGACUUUCUGUAAUCUUUCAAAUGUUUUAUUUUUAAAAUAGGAUGGAUACAAGUAUCAGUUAUAAAACUAUAAAUUACUUGUGAAAUUCUUAUUUUUGUCUUGCACGCCUAUAUUAUAUAGUUAGUACAGUAAAAUCUCACUCAAUAUGGCUUAUUAACAAUAAGGUUACAAUGGUUUUAUGACUUAUUAUUUAAUAGUAUUAAUUUUUUUAUGCUGUUCUUCAAUAACUUUCUAUAUACUUUAAUUGUAAUAUUUAAACAUUUUUUGUUACUGUUCACAUUUUUACUUUUUGUAAUUUAAAUAAACCAUAAAUAUACUUACCUAACAUUCAAAA